UUAAAAAUGAAGACUUGUAUACUUGUUAUGUGUCUCCUAGCCGUAGCUUAUGCAAAUACAAAUCCUAAAGGAUUAAAAACUCUACAUAAGAACAUAAAGGAAUGUAAAGAGAAAUUGCCGCAAUGCGGAAAUCUAAUGGUCGAUCCCGUCAUAGAUGUUUAUGUAUGGUUUUGUGCACUGAAAAGGGUUCACGUGAUUAAUAAAGAAGAUAAAGUAGUCAAAGAAAAAGGUGUUGGAUAUUGCGAAGAUGUUAUGACUGAAAACAACGUGAAAUCAUGCGAGAAGACCGUUGGGUGGUGCAUAGAUACAGAAGGUGAAAAAUCAGGAUCCAACGAAGAUAUAAGUCUAGCUCAAAUAGCAUGUGUUAUAAAGUAUGGUGUGAUGAGUAAGAUUGAAUACUAA